AUUCGCCUCACUAUUCAGCUAUGACCGUGUUGCAGCUGUCAUACGGGCCUUCUGCGCGUACUGGUGCCCUGCGACGAAUACUCUCCACACAUCUAGAGGAGAUGUCCAUCUCCCUCUGGGAUUUAGACCAACUCAGAGGUUUUCCCAUUGCUGGACGGUUUUAUGAUGAGGUGGUUCCAGCUGCUGAAGAGCUUUCUGCAACAAGCAAAGGGAGUCAACAGAGCUGCCACUAUUUGUUUCUCGCCUACCAUAAGCUUUGCAAGGAAGGUCAAGGGCAGAAAGUGAAGAUAACCUCAUGGAUACGAUAUUGGUAUAGAGGAGCUUUGCGCUAUAAGAGGCCUCCGAACAAAAGCCACAGGAACAAAAGAGAUCCGCCCCCGGAUGCAUUUAAUCCAUCUGGCAAGAUCCACGAGAUUCGACAACGAACUUCUGCAGAUCGCGUAGCAUUUGAUGACUUAGGCAUGGAGGGUGAAGAUAUAGAGCCCACCUAUUUGGCUGCCUUUCUUGCUUGUUGGUUGUGCCUGUUUGUUUUACCCAGAGACGACACUGGUUUGAUUCGUCCGGGAGUAUUCAAAGUUGCCAGAAAAAUGUCACAGGGUGUACAGGUUUGCCUAGCGGUACCAGUACUAGCCAGCAUCUAUCAAGGUUUGAACGAGAUUUCUGUUUCCAGCGAUCCAGGUAAUUGCUCGGCUGCUCUUCCUUUUCAUUAUAUUUAUGCAUGGCUAGCAGAGUACUUCGGCACCCACUUUCAAUCUCCACUUCCCAACGACCUAAGGCCCCGUAUGGUCCGCUUACAGUCCACACCGGUUCAGUCGACAGUUUGGUUAUGUCCAAGACAUUCCUGGCAGCCUUAAGAAUGACAUUCCCACUAGCGUAUUGGCUUUGAUUUAUAAGCAUUGGGAUUCUUGCACCAGAAUGAACACCAAGUGCGUGGUAACGUUGCCAAUCCAGAGUGCUAUCACGGAGUACAUGGUUACCCGAAACUAUGUCGAUUGGUGGUCUAAAGUGUACCAUUCUACACCAGUGAAGGCAACGAAAGAAGCGCCUACUAGUAGACCACUGCAUAAGACUCUGAAAGCAAAAGAAGAUAAGAACGUCACCCGUGCAACACCGCCUCAUCACAAAAAUGUGAUUCCUUGUGAAGUUGAAUGUAGCACCAACGUCCCUGUGCCUCCUAAUAGGACUUUGCUUCCUAGCAGUGAUUGUCAGACUCAUCCGCUCAACAUUCUAGAAGAUGAUGGGGAUUCUUUAGAUUCUCACAUUGCUUUGGCUCAUCCACCUAAGUUGAAAAGACCUGCCAUCAAAGAAAGAAGGCGUAGUGGAAGCAGCGGUAGCAAUAAUAGUGAAGUGCACUUUAAGCGUCGGAAAACUGACACCAGUCUUGGCCCUAUUUACUGUGAUCCCAAUGCUGAGUUCACUCUGAAUACUGACUUUCUUGGUGACAUUUCAACUUCUUCACAACCGAUGCUGCAACGAAAUGAGGGUGCAGAGAUUGAUGGUCAUUCACUUUGGGGGAACGAUGACGCCUCUUCAGAUCCUAUACGUGUUCCUUCUGCAGCGGAACUUGAGGCUUACGCUUUACCCACGAAAGGAAAAUCCAAUGCAAAGAAUGACUCACAGCAAAUUGACCCUACAGGUCCACUCACCAAGGUGCAUCCUCCCAAGCCUCUGAACACCAUAGCCUUUUCUGAGGCCUCUGUUGGUGGAGCUGUUAUUAUAGAUGCUAGUCAAAGACUUCGUGAUAUUCGUCAACAAGCUGCUACCGCAGUUUGUGAACAAAUUGAAGAUAUGAUAAUGAAGCACUCCUCAAAGACCAUUCUUUCCAGCAAGGGGGAACUUGACAAGCUGAUAGCUGAGCUUAGCCAUUAUGGGAUUGAUCCUUCAUCCGUAAGGGGAAAAGUUGAGGGAUUGUUGACUAGUGCUGACCAAUACAACCUGGCACGUCUUUCUUGUUCACGUAAGGCUACUCCAGGCACACGUAAUCAACGUCUGGCUGACACAGAGUCAGAAAUUGCAAAUGUCACUUCAAUUCGUCAAGCUGACUCUGAUCAUCGUCAAUCUGCACUCAAGUCUUUGGAGAAACUAAAGGAGGAGCAACGAAAAUUGGAGCAAACAGUGACUUUACUAGACGAGAGACUUCUACUACAGGAGAAGAAGCUUGUCGACCUAGAAAAAGAGAAGACUCAAAUCCAAGAAACCCCCGAGGUGACCACUGCAGAGCUUGAGACUACAAAAUCAUUGCGAGAUACUUUUGAGAGCCACCGCAAUAGUUUCAAGGGUUUGACUUGGGUGUGAAGAGUUGCUCUCCACUUCUUAGUCUAUGAUGAUUUUUUCACUUUUCUUUAUUACUUGUAAUAAGUCAAA